CGCUUAGUGUUUUGUAUCUGGUAAAUUGUCAUGCGGGAUUUGAUUGUUACUGUAAUCUGAACCACCCUGAAGCAUUGAUAUAUAACUGUCCAAAUGGACAAGGAUUUCCGAUUGCAGCCUUACGGUUACCGUUACAUGAUAUCAUAUACAGGGAUGUAGAUCUACAGUCGCCUUAUUGUGUGCCUUUACUGGUUAACAUACAGUCACAAGGAACGUGGGUCCCUGUAUAUACCAAGGGCAAGCUUGGUUAUUUGAAUAAAGAUGCUGGUUUUACACCAAUGAAAUGUCCGGGAAUGUUGACUUUUAGUCCAAAUUUACUAGCGAAGUCUCCUAUAUGUCAACACUACAUUAUUAAAACUCCAGGAUUGAGUGUGACUGGAAGCCAGAACAGUGGUCAAGUGACAGGAUCAACUACAACUACUUCUUCUCUUCCAAAAACGACCUGGAUUAAAAUACCUUAUAAGCCUCGGACAUCCACCACAUGGCUUCAAAUUAAUAAUACGCCACGUCCAACUCUACCAGCUCCAUCCACAACAAAGUUACGAUGGCUCAAAAUAACAUAUCCACAUAGACGUACGCCAAUCUGGCAGCACGUUGGUGGAAAGGGUAAUAGUACUGCAAGGUGUUAUGGACCUGACGUUGAAAACGACGUACAAAAGAAGCAGUCAAUAUUUUAUCAUAUGUCUCGAUCCUGUUCCUCGAAUAGUGUAGCGGCUGAUGAAGUCACUGCAGCCAAAUAUUGUUCUGCCCCGGAGCCUAAGAACUGGAUACCCGGAAAACAGAUAUUAGGCAACUGUAAAUCAAUUCAAAAGUACACACCAGUCUCUACUUUUAUAACUGGAACAGCAAGCGGUGAUGGAACAGCCAUCUUCUUAGAGUGCACACAGAAGGGAACAAUUAUGGUUGUCAGGCAGACAUGUAAAAGCAAAAUGUUGGAAUUGGUAGAAAUAAGUCCGACUUUAGAUUUGUUCGUUGUUGAUUGGUAACGCCAGUUUAGCUAGUAUGUCUACGUUCAAGACUGAAAUAAAAGACUACUUUCAAUAUUGAAUUGGCAUGACCAUCAUAAUUUUAUAUAUGUAUCGUUUUAUAGAAUGUGCUGUGUCAAAACUGCUAUUCAUUGUUUUUCAUUAAGUGAGAGAUUAAAUUUUAGAUAACUG